GCAGUAGGUGGCGGUAUGCCUCUAUUUAAGUUGGUUGCGAUCCGCCAGUCAAUCGAGAGAAGAAGAAAAAGCAGCAGCAGAAGAAGAGGGACACUGCUGUCAUAGCAACAGGCGGGAAAAGAAAGAACGCGCGCGUAGUAAAAGUGCACGAGGACAGGUGCUCCCUGAGUGAGUGCCAACGAUCAACAAACACAGUGAAUCUCACAGUUAGCUUUACAAAAGAAAGUCCCGACCUCUGCAAAUCGACUGGUCAUGGCAACACUGGAAGGUCUGAGAGGAAGAGGAGAUGCAGGGUUAGCUUUUAAUCCCCAAGGCCUGAAUGAAGAUGAAGAGGAGGAAGACUCACCUGCGGUGUUACUAAGUGUUUUGGCCCAGCAUGGAGAGGUGGCCCUCUGCUUCUAUGACAGUUGUGACUUCUCUUUACACUUCAUGCAAGACACUCCGGACAACUUCGAGCUCCACCUGCUGGACAGAGUUAUCCAGGAGGUUCGUCCCCAUGUUAUUAUUACCAGUGCAAAGCAGGAGCGCUGCAUGACACACUUCCUUCAACAACUCAGUGCAAACCCAGACUACAAGCCAGAGGUGGUGACUUAUCCGUUCGUUGACUUUGGUUUAGGGGUCGCUAAGCAGAGACUUCUGUCUGCCAAUCUGCCGUUCCUUCCUGCCUCCAUCUCAGAGACAGACAAAAUGUCCUACCUCUCCUCCUGCAUCUCCUUUGACUCACCUCUGAUGCUGAGGGCAGUGGGUGCUUUGCUCAAAUGUCUGGACAGGAGGAGAGUAGGAGUGGAGCUGGAAGACAGCAGUGUUGGAGUCCCUAUCCUACAGUUUCACACCUACACACUUAAAGGUGUUGUUUGCAUUGACCGUGACACCUACAGUGUUCUGCAAGUUUUCAAGUCAGAGCUUCACCCGUCAGUGUACAAGCUGCAUUCGGGUGAAAAGGAAGGACUCAGUCUUUAUGGGAUACUGAAUCGCUGCAGGUGUAAGUUUGGUUCCAAACUGCUACGUGAGUGGUUUCUGCGGCCUACACAGGACCUGGCUGUGUUACACAGGAGACAGGAAGCGAUUCGUUUCUUCACAUCACCCCAAAACUCUGACACCCUGAGCACCCUGCAGUCCUCCCUGCGCAACAUCAGCAACAUACCCACUCUUCUGCGCAGGAUGUCUCUCUCCCACACCAAAGUCACAGACUGGCAGAGUCUCUAUAAGACAGUGUUCAGUGUGGUGUGUAUCAGAGACACAGUGCGACACCUGCCUCAGUCCAUUCAGCUCUUCUGUGAUAUCAGUGAAGGAAUCUCUGAUGACAUCCACUACAUUGCCUCCCUCAUCAGCCGUGUGGUGGAUUUUGAGAGCAGUGUAGCAGAGAGCCGCUUCACCAUCAAACCCAAUGUGGACCCAGCAAUUGAUGAGAAGAAGAGGCGGAUGAUGGGCUUAUCCGACUUUCUGACGGAUGUAGCCAGAAGAGAGCUGGAACACCUGGACACUCGCAUCCCCUCCUGCUGCGUCAUCUACAUUCCACUGAUUGGGUUCCUGCUCUCUGUCCCUCGCCUUCCCAGCAUGGUGGAGAAAGAAGACUUUGAGAUAGAAGGGCUUGAUUUUAUGUUUCUGUCAGAGGAUCGUCUGCACUACCGCAGCCAGAGAACGAAGGAGCUGGACGACCUCCUUGGAGAUUUGCACUGUGACAUAAGAGACAUGGAGACGGCUGUGAUGAGACAGUUGCAGAACACAAUUCUGGAGAGGAGUGCUUCCCUCUACAAGGUCCUGAAUCUCACUGCGGAGCUGGACUGUCUGAUGGCUAUGAGCAGCGCUUCCCUUGAGUAUGGCUACACCUUGCCAAAAAUAACCAGCCACAGGAGGAUCACAGUCACACAGGGCAGACACCCUCUCGUAGAGCUGUGCUCCCCCGUGUUUGUGGCCAACUCCUUCCAGAGCUUUGAGUCCCAGGGCAGAGUCAAGAUCAUCACUGGCCCAAACUCAUCCGGCAAGAGCAUCUACCUCAAACAGAUGGGUCUGAUUGUGUUCAUGGCUCUGAUUGGCUCAAACGUGCCAGCUAAGGAGGCAGAGAUCGGUCUUGUAGAUGGAAUCUUUACCCGCAUGCAGAGCAUAGAGUCCGUGUCUGUGGGCCUCAGCACCUUCAUGAUAGACCUCAACCAGAUGGCCCAGGCUCUGAACAGCAGCACCGGCAACUCAUUGGUUCUCGUCGAUGAAUUUGGAAAAGGAACCAACACGGUGGACGGACUUUCCUUGCUGGCAGCAUCAAUCUCUCACUGGCUGACAAAAGCUCCGGUGGAUGUUCCUCACGUGCUGUUGGCCACUAACUUCCAUAGUUUGUUGCAGCUGGGCCUCCUACCCUCCUCCGACCUGUUGUCUCUUCUGACUCUAGAGACAGCAGUGGACGGUGAUGAGUUGGUGUUUCUGUACCAACUGAAAGAAGGGAUCUGUCAGUCUAGCUACGCUGCCAACAUCGCCACUCUGGCUGGCUUGCCAACCAGCCUCGUACAGAGAGGAGUGGAGGUGUCUGAGCUGUACAGGACAGGGCGUCCCGUCAAACGCGUUGACAGAGCGUCAUCAGAUGAACAAGCGAACAGUUGCAGGACUUUGGUGGAGAAGUUCUUACGCCUCGACCUGGAGAACCAAGAUUUGGACAUUCAGCACUUCAUGAAAGAGGAGCUCCUGCCCUCUGCUGGGGAGCUGCUGAACCGCAGCUGAACUGUUCCGCUUGUGACUGCAGUCACAUUUCUACAUCUCUGUGGUCAGUUAGUUCAAUCACUUCCUGAUGUUUCGAGCUGGUUCUGUGAGGGGGGCGCACUUAAACUGAUGUUCCACCUAUGUGCGGGAUCGUUUUUUCAGAACACAUCACAAGAAUUGAACUACAUACAACUCAGUUACACAUCUUACUGCAUAUGUUAGGAAGGCUAGAUAUUUACAUGUGUUUUGUUUCAGUUCAAACCUCAGUGUCAAACAGAAAAAAAACAGAUUGGUUGGAUUAAAUAUCUCUAUGCUGAUGUUUAUGCUCUAAUUAUCUAAUUUGUGGAUUCUAAUUAAGUCAUCUUCUGAACUGCAUAAGAAAACAGUAACCUGGUAAUUCUCUUCACCAUAUGGUCAAAGUUCUUUCAGCAUGGCUUCACAUAGUCCUUUCUUUUCUGUUCUGACAGCAUAAAUAUAAAUGCAGCUCUUUCAUUGGGAUCCCGCUGAACAAUCAGACAGAUGCCAGGUGGUUAGAAGAGCUACGAUGACAUGAAAAAGUGUGUUGAUGGGAAGUUUAUGUGCUGAGUUGCAGAAAUGAGUGUCGCAGCAGUGUUUGGUCAUGAUAAAGAAUGUUUUGUUCGAGAA